AUGGUUCGGACACAGCCUGAUUUGUAUGAAGAGGAUAGCGCUUCUAACGUGCAGGUUAGUGAUAAUAUUCCGGAUGCUAAAAACGAAGACCAUAAUGAUGCCGACAUCCCUACUACAUCUCAAAACAAACCAAUUAUUCAGUCACAAAAACGUCGUGCUAAAGAUCCACCCGAAAUGCAAGAAGCCAAUAAAAAAAUGAGUACUGCUUUUACAGCAUUAAAUAAAGCAUUGGCUAACAAAGAAAACAUAAAAGAAGAAGACGAAUGCGAUUUAUUUUGUAAAAUGUUGGCAAAACAAAUAAGGGAGUAUCCAAAACUUGAAAGGGAAGAAAUAAUGUACGAGCUUCAUGGUGUUAUGAUGAGCAGACGUCGUCGUUACAACACGAUGCAGGGUAGAUCAUAUGCUGUUUCUUCUCCUUCACAAAUAAUCCUCAGUCGACCUAGCACGAGCAACAGCAUGUAUCUAUCAACACCGUCACCUGUAUACGUAGUAGACUCCCCCCAUUCAGUUCAGUCACCACCACAAAAUAUGGCCAAUCAACAAACCGAAAUGGUUAACAUUAUUUCACAAGAAGUACUUGUACCACAAACAAGUAAAAUGUAUUACGAAAGCUGUUUAAAUAUGACGGACGAUAAUGACACCGAUCACCCUUAA